UAAUUGUGUACAUUUUUUAUUGUAAUUUUCAGUUUCAAUUUCUUUGGUGCGUUUUAAUGAAUAACACCAAACAUGAAAAUUGAUGAAAAUAUUUUUGGACAGGACUUUGAGCUUAUAGCAGAAAGCGAAACUGGAUGGAAUUACGAAAACAAAUUUAGCAAUUAUUUGCAACAAUUGGAUUUCUUGGAAGAUAUCAUUUUUCAAGCUUCCAGAGUAAAUACAAACACUGUCGUAAAUACAAACACUGCCGAGACUAAAUUGUCAGACGAAGUUGACGACCUCAAAACUCCUGAUAGAUCGUUCUGCGCUCAAAUUAAUUUCUGUGACGAGAUUAAAAAUUAUACAAAAACGACAAACUUUACCCUGCUUCAAAUCAACUCAUCCAGUUUCGAAAACGAUAUCGAAUUGUUCCUGGGAACCGGUAAAACUUUUGCCGAGAAAGUUCGAGCAACGAAUCCCGAAUUGGUUCUCUCAGUUCUCGGCUGUCGAGAUGGAGCAGUCGUAAUGCAAGACGACGUGCAUGCUUCUCGCUUCAAAAGCGGGUUCAAUUUGGCGGCAACUUCUAUCAACUCUUUGAUCUUGACGAGCGGGGGGAGGGGAGGGGUGGACGGGUUUGCGUGUGAACAAUUACGUGAUCAGUUGUUGAUGCAGUACGUGGGUUCAAGAGAACACAGGUGUACUUUAGCUGGGGUUUGUGAUUUGCAAGAUGUUGAUCAAGGUCGCCGUAUUCAAGAUUGGGCGCUGGAUUGUGCAAUUCAAUCUACCGACGAAGGUCCAGUUUUCAAUUACAACUCAGUUAAAAGCAACGCCGCCUCCAGCAAUUCACGGCAAAUAUGUUUGAAUUCUCUUCUUGACGAGCUAAUUGUUCUAUCACAUGGCAAUCCAGAUCAAAAAAGUUACAAAAAACAGCCUGAAAAUCUGUCGGACAAAUUCCGUUUCGAGCUAGAAAAACACUUGCAUCAAAAAUGCCCAGUUGUUUAUGUUUUAAUAGGAGGAGAAACCGAAAUUUUGCAACGGGCUAAAAUGGCGCUGGAUGAAAGUAUGCCUCUGGUUUUGUGCACGGAUACGGGCGGAAUUAGUGACGUCAUUUCUUCAGCGCUGAAAUCUUCAGCUAAAACUUGGCAGCGACACAAAAUCUUCACCAAUUAUCACUCACGAAGACUUGAAGCGCAAAUUCGAACUCUCAUUUCUCGAGAAACUAAAGCAUCAGAACUCAAAAAUGAUGAUCAGAUAAAAGAGUUAGUUGAUGUAUGUUUAGAAAACCUAAUCGCGAUUUGCAAGAAAAGACCUUUGGUUGUACAGUGGAAUUUUCAUUACCAAGAUUCGAAACUGGAAACUUCCAUUCUCAAAGCUAUUUUUUCGAGUACCGAACAUAGAAAAAAUAAAUUGAAUUUAGCUUUAAGUUGGAACCAGUGCGAUGACAACGUCAAGACCAUCGUCGACUCGUACGAAUCAGUUCUUGAAAUCAAAGGAAUAAGAAAUCUGAUUUUUGAUGCGAUCAAUUGUGAAAAACUGGAGUUUGUCCAACUUUUUCUGGACCACGGUUUAAUCAUGCCGCGUUUCUUAAAACCAAGUAUUCUACAUGCGCUGUACCAAAAGUCGAUCAAACAGUUUCGACCAUUUGAGCGUUUGAUGAAAAGAGCUUGCGGCUCGAACAAAACGAGUUACAAUCUUGACGAUAUAUACCAUGCUGUCGAGUUUUAUACUUCUGCCAAGCCACGAGAUGCUGCGUUCAGAAAGCCGAGUUCUCAUUCAGACAAUUCUUAUCCAAAAACUAACAAAACAAGUAUUUCAGAGCAGAACGCCUGUUUUCAGAACCCGUUUCGUGAACUGGCGCUUUGGGCCGUUUUUUCGAACAAACCAAACUCAGUCAAGUUUUACUGGCAAAAGAGCGAAAAUCUUCUUGUAUUUUGUCUCGUUAUUUCCGAGCUCUGGAAAGCCUUGUCUUCCGUUUUAUCGCUGGAGCUUAAAGAGCUGGAACAAAAUAUGCUCGAGAAUGAACGUGCAUACAACAAAAUAGCGCUCGAGAUUCUUAACGAGUGUUGGCAUGAAAACAAGCAACUAUGUCAAAAUUUACUGGAACUAAAAGACGACACGGUCGGGAAUCGAACCCCAGUCGACAUUGCGGGGUACUGCGAAGCGAAGCAGUUCAUAGCAGCGCCUAGCGUGCAGUUUAUAAUAGACGAGCAAUGGAAAAACGGAAUGCAAGGAAGUUCUUGGAGUAUUUUGUCUACAUUAGCGCUGCCGUUUCGAAUGAAAUAUUUGAAGUUAUCAAAUAAUUAUCAUGAUCUCGAUAAAGAGUUUCACUCGGACAAACUACUUGAUUUGGACCGACUUGAAAACACAAUAUGUAUGGCCAACCAAGAUUCGCCAGCUGAUCAAUUUAAUUUCUUGGACACUGAGGAUGAAACGAAUUUUGACAAAUCUGAAUUGAAAGAAAAAACCGAAACGAAUUCGACUGAAGUUGACCUUUUUAUGGUUAAAGCGCAAACAUUAUGGAGUGCUCCGAUUACAAAAUUUGUGACGCAUUCGAUUGCCUACUUGUUAUUCCUGUUUCUUUCGUCCAAAAUCUAUAUAAGAAUCGAAGACGUCGGAAAUGAUCAAGGUGCCUGGAUCCAGUUCUGCUUCAUGCUUUGCUACGCCUUGGAGAUCUUCCGACAACUGUUGACGGAAGACGCUUCCUGGAACCUCAAGGUCAAACUAUGGACCAAAUCCGAAUGGAACAUAGUGGACUUGAGUUACCUUUCUCUCGGCAUCUUCGCCUUCAUUUCUAACUUCGUGCCUGGAACUUUUGAUGUGGUCAAAGGCGUGUACAGCUUGGUCAUUUUCCUUAUGUGGCUCAGACUGUUGAGACUAUACCAGUGUAAUCCCAGAUGUGGACCCAUAUGGUGCAUGAUUCGAAGGAUGCUGGUUCAUACAGCCAUCCUGUUUGCUUCAUUCUUCUCAGUCAUAAUUAUUGGCAGUGGCCUUGCUAUGGCUCUUUUCAGUAUAGACGCUGUAGGCGAGGGUGAUUACACUUCAUACCAGUGGAUUUUUCUAAGACCAUACCUGAUGAUUUUUGGAGAACAUUUCAUCGAAAAUGUCAGCCAAGGCAGAAAUGCGAAACUCACUACAAUUUUCAUCGUCGUAUUUUCCUUCGUAGUGAAUGCUUUGUUACUCAAUUUACUAAUCGCUGUUUAUGGCUCAAUUUACUACGAAAUCAAGGAAAAUUCGAAACUUGAAUGGAUGACAGAAAAGUUCUGGGUACUUGUCGACUACCAAAAGAAAACGUUGAUUCCCCCACCCUUGGGAAUUUUCGAAACUACCUUCAAAUUAGUCCAGUUUUUAAUGAGUAAACGGAAAAGAAAUGAGAAACAACAUUAUUCCACGGAACUUCGCAAUUUACGAAAGUUCGAGAAUUUUUGUACUAAGAAAGCGUUGAAGAAGUUGCAAAAUAUGGAGUCGAAAACUGAACAAAAACUGGAACAGUUAAUAAAAAUAGAAAAAAAUCAGAGUAACCAAAUUACAGAAUGCACUACACUGCUGCAAGAAUGCAGACUAACUUUAGAAGAAAAGCGACGUGAAAAUCUGGAACAAGAGAUGAACUUGAAGCAAAUUAAGAGCUCAAUUUUGACAACACAGGCAGCAAAUAAGUUCCAGAGCAAGUUGAAGUCAAAAAAAUUUGCAAAGCAGGAUGAAAGUCCGCCUAUAUAAAAGUAGAGCAACCAAAUUAAGUAUAAUCUUCAUAAUCUCAGAUUUUGUAAAUUUUGAAUGCACUAGUUUCUCAAAAAGCAAACAAUAUUUCAAGUCUUUUUUUAUUAUAGUAGU